AUGGGUUCUGUCGUGGCCGAUCGCCCCUAUCCCCUGGAUCCUCUGACGCUAUCCGAGAUCGAGGUAGCGAUUACGACUGUCAAAAAGACCCAUGGCCAGGUCUUCUUCAAUGUCGUUACCCUGCACGAGCCGCGGAAGGCUGAGAUGACUGCAUGGCUCGCGGACGCAGAUGCGGCGCCUCGGCCAAAGCGUGUCGCUGACGUCGUGGUUAUUGCCCCGGGCGGGAAGGUGUAUGACGGGCUCGUGGACUUGGAAACGGUCACCAUCACAAAAUGGGAGCUUCUUGACGGGGAACAGCCGAUUAUCACCAUGGAAGAGCUCCAGUUGGUCGAACACAUUGUCCGCAAAGACCCCAAGGUCAUCGAGCAAUGCAUAAUCAGCGGCAUCGCUCCUGAGGACAUGGAUAAGGUGUACUGUGACCCGUGGACCAUUGGGUACGACGAGAGGUUUGGCAGCUCGGUUCGGCUUCAGCAAGCUUUGAUGUACUACCGACCGGAAAUCGACAAUUGCCAAUACACAUACCCGCUCGACUUCUGCCCCAUCUAUGAUGCAGACAAGGGGGAGAUCAUUGCCAUCGACAUCCCCAAGGUACGCCGCCCCCUGAGCAAGGCGGCGCCCUUGGACUACCACCCAGCGGCAGUGGAGAAAAGGGGCGGAUAUCGGACCAACCUGAAACCCAUCAACAUCACGCAGCCCGAGGGUGUGUCCUUCAAAAUCACCGGGAGAGAGCUUGAGUGGCAGAACUGGAAGUUCCACAUCGGGUUCAACUACCGAGAAGGGAUCGUGCUCAACAACAUCACCUUCAACGACAAGGGAACCGUGCGGCCCAUCUUCUACAGACUGUCCCUGGCUGAGAUGGUGGUGCCUUAUGGCAACCCCGAGCACCCUCACCACCGCAAACAUGCCCUUGACCAGGGAGAGUACGGUGCCGGCUACAUGGCCAAUAGUCUCUCGCUUGGCUGCGACUGCAAGGGCUCGAUUCACUACCUCGACGCUCACUUCCCCACGCGGGCCGGUGGCGUGCGAACCAUCAAGAAUGCCAUCUGUAUCCACGAGGAGGACGCGGGUAUCCUCUUCAAGCACAGCGACUUCCGCGACGACUCCGUCAUCGUGACACGCGGGCGCAAGCUCAUCAUCCAGCAGAUCUUCACGGCGGCCAACUAUGAGUACGUGGUUGCGUGGGUCUUCCACCAGGACGGCACCAUCCAGCCCGAGAUCAAGCUGACGGGCAUCCUCAACACAUACGCCAUGGACCCGGAGGAGGACACACACGGAUGGGGCACCCAGGUGUACCCUGGCGUGAAUGCCCACAACCACCAGCAUCUCUUUUGCCUGCGCAUCGAUGCCAACGUCGACGGACCCAACAACACCGUCUUCAUGUCUGACGCCGUGCCGAGCGACGCGCCUGUGGGCAGCCCCGAAAACUUUUACGGUAACGCCUUCUACAACAAGCGCACCAAGCUGUCGACGACGGGCGAGGCCAUGACCGAUUACAACGGCGCUACGUCUCGGACGUGGGAGAUCGCUAACACUAACAAGCUGAACCCCUUCAGCAAAAAACCCGUCAGCUACAAACUCGUUAGCAGAGAGGCUCCUGGCCUUCUACCCAAACCGAACUCACUCGUAUGGAAGCGCGCUCCCUUUGCCCGCCAUGCUGUGCACGUAACCAGGUACAAAGACGACCAGUUAUACCCAGCCGGACGGCACGUGCCGCAGACCUCGGGCGACAAGCCCGUGGGGCUGGCCGAAUGGAUUGGCGACGGCAGCGAGAGCAUCGACAACACGGACGUGGUGCUCUGGCACACCUUUGGCGUCACCCACUUCCCAUCCCCCGAGGAUUUCCCUGUCAUGCCGGCCGAGCCCAUGACGCUGCUGCUGCGGCCGCGCAACUUUUUCGCCGGCAAUCCCGUCAUGGACGUCCCUCCUUCCUACGCGAGCACGCCGAGCCAGCUGCUCAGGGGCGAAGGCGGGGUGAGAGGUGUUGUCGACGCGGUUAGUAGGUUGGCGUUUUCUGAUGCUGGCGGGAAUGCGAAUGGGAAUGGGAAUGCGAAUGGGAAUGGCGCAGGCUGCUGCCAAGGGUGA